GGCGCGCGGGUGUGGGCGUGGUCUCGCGCGGUGACGACGGCGAUUGGGCGCGAGGGGGGAGUGGGCGUGGCCUCAGCGGCGCGCGCUCGCCGCCUCGCCACGCCACGCCCCGGGCGCGCGGUUUGGUGGCCUCGGCGGGGAGGGGCGCGAAGAGGGCUCCAAGGGGCGGGGCGGGAGCCCCUCGCUGCGUCACAGCUUGCGGUAGUUGCUGUGUGUGGAGUCCUUUUCUCGUCGGUUAACAGCGCUGCGCGGCCCCCUUUGCUCUGCGAAAGACGAGUUUUUACCCCAAACAGCGGCAUUCGACGCGUGUCUGUGGUUUUUUUCCCCUUCCUCCUUUCAGUGAAGAGCUUGGAAAGUGGCAGGAGCGCUCCAGGAAUAAAGGAUGCUUUUUCGUGAAUAAAUAUGGAAUUGUUGGAUGAACCAGAUUCAGGGAAGAGAACAGCAAUGCUCACUGAGUGCACUUCAGCUGUUGAAGGGAACAAACAAGCAGACACAGGACCAGUAGCUUGUAGCCCAUAGCGUUCUUCUUGCAUUUCCUUAAAGAGCCAGCUCAAAGCCAGAAAUAGCUUGAAAUGCUCUCCUCCAGAGAAGAAGGAAGAAAAGAAUGUGGACUAGACAGUUGUUGAGUGUCUCCAGAAGAAAUCUGGCCCAACAGUAAUCAUUUCAAAACAGCAGUGUAUUGUCAGUAUAGCAGGGGAAGGUGUUGAUUUGUGUCAUCAUGGAAAACUGUCAUGGCUUGAGAUAGAAAAACACUUCUCUUUGUUGUUAUUUUAUAUCCUCCUUCUAGGACCUCAGGCUUUUGAAAACUGAUUACAAAUGUUGCUGGAAGAUAAAAACAUCUUGAAGGUCAUGCAUGACUGCCGCUGGAUCUCAGACUGUCCCUUUCACCAGUACAGUGUCCUUCUCUUCAAUGUCUUUGAUACACAGGUUGCUGAUGCUCUGCAGUUCUCAAUGACAAGAGGCAGCUUCCUUUCGCACCGUGUCUGCACAUUGCAGCAGUGUUUGAUGCAGUACUUGAAGAUACCUUCCAAAUGGGAUGCCUCCCUGAAGUGCCAGCAGCAGAUGGCUUCAUUGAAUCCUGAUAUGUGGUUCUUAAGACCCUUUCUAACUUCUCUGCUUAACGCAGUUGCUCUGAAGGCUACAUACCUUCUGCUACUCCACUCAUCUCUAAUGGGUAGCUUGCUGUCUGACCUAACAGCUGUAGUAUUGAAUUAUUUAAAUGCUUAUUGGACUGGGUGUGGAGAUCACCUUGGGAGCACAAAGCCCAUGGAACUGCCAAAGGAGCUGUGUCAGCUGGCAGACAUCCAGAAGCUGUGAAAGGAGAAGGCAAUACAUGAGUACAGAAUGAAUGAGGAUGGUCUCUUGAUCAGACCAGCCACAGAAUCAGAAGAAAGAAAUGAGCCAUAUGAGGGUGAAAACUAUGGAGAUGAUUAGGAUUGCUUUCCCACAAAUAAAGCACUUUCUCAAAUUACAUCCUGCUACAAUCAGAAUAUAAUUCUUCAAGAAAAGCUUGAAAAUCAAAAUCAAGUGGUUAAUCUGUGGAAGAACCUUCAACUGACUUCAAGCUGACAGUGGGAAUUUAAUUCCUGACACGGGUGACUUGAGGAGCUGAGACUGGGUGUUUGAAGGCACCCAAAUGAAAAAGGGGGCUAUUCCUCAUGCAGAAGUGUCAAACAAAAGCUCUUUUCUUUAGUAUGACAGGUAAACCCACUGCUGAAUGGAAACAGUAAAAGGAAAUUAUUUCUGUGUCUGACUGUUCUUCUUGAAGUCUGUUUUUGAGAUCCAUUUUUUCAAGAGCUAUUUUUCAUUUUAAAACAGUGGCUUUUGUUCUUGCACAGUUAUCAGGCCAAUGUCUUAGAUUGUGUUGGUUUUUCUGCUACCUGCUGCAGGUAUGCAAAACUCAUUCAAUCCAGAUAUGGAAACGGGAGCUUAUAAGAUACCUGUUCAUUGAGAUUAGAAAAGGUUUGCUUGGAAAAAUGAAAAAAUCUUCUGGCCAAGCCACAUAGGCUUGCUUUAUACACAGGUAAGUCUCUUGGCAUAGCUAUACAACAGUCUUUCAUAGGAGAAUGAAAGAGAAUAAACUGUUAUGCUGGCAAGAAACAGCGAAGAGGUGUGCUAAUAAAAUGGACUUUCCUGCCAAGGAAGUUAUUUUAGGCUAAUUGAGAAAAGAAGCUUCCUGCUGAAAGUAGAACACCAGUGGUGUUUGUCAGCACUGCCGUAUCAAACUCAUGUAAAUAAGGCUGUAAUGCUAAUGUGGUGUGUGUAUAGACUAUUGUGUAUAAAGCAGUGGGUUUUCUUUGGAUGUAAACUGGCGUGACUGGAUGCUUAUGAUGUGCCUGCAUUUCUUUUAAAUAUGGUUAGGGAAAGUGUGUGUAUUUUAGUGUUUGGGUUUUUACUCUCCACGAGUACGAGACCUACAGUAUUGUAAUGGGUCUCCUCUUUGAAACUAUAGAUCGUACUUGCUCACAUCUGGGAGGGGCAGAAAAAACAGCAGAAAAUUUUCUGAGUUUUGCUCUUUGUCAGUACAUUUUCUACAUUUUUUUAAACCCUUAACAGUACCCUGUAAUCAAACUGCAUCAUUCCUUUGUCUUGGUUCACAUUAGAAAGAUAAAAUGGAUUUGAAACAAGCCUUACAACUUCUUAUUUGAAAAUUGAGUCUGUUUCAUUUGGUCUGCUAGGAGAUGCUGGCAGUGGACAGGGUCCCUCUCCAGCACUGGAGCUCGUAUCAUUUAUCUAGAGCAAGAUUCUUCCAAGUAAUGAUGCGUUAUCAUAACUGGUGAGGUAUGACGUGGACUAUGGAGACUCUUCGGAGCCAGAGACAGCUCAUUAGUCCAUACAUUAUGUUUUCACAACUGAAAUAAUCUGGGUUCAUCCAGUCCUGUUAGUAGGGAGAGAAUGAAUAUGUCGAUAUACCAGAUAAUGGUAGGAGGGAGGGCAGAGGAGGGUAGGAUGUGAAGGCAUCAAGUCUUGAAACAUAGAAUGGUCUAGGAUACAACAAACUGCUGAAGGCAACCUUCUCAGUAAGAGACUGAGCUGCAUUCUCAGCCUCUUCUAAGUAAAUCUGUGGCUGGAGCUAUAUUGUGAUGGAAUAAGGAUUUCCAGACAGAGACGUGACUGUGUGACUUCACCUGUUGCACUGCAUCUCUUUGAGUAGCAAAACCUCCCUGGGCAAAGCGGGCUGCAGCUUUCCCCGUUCCCUUUUGAGAAGAGGAAAAAUAAAAGAAAUAGAUUGGAAUGGAGUCAUCACUCAAUGAUACGCAAGACUGAAAAUGUCAGUUGCAUAGAAUCAUAGAACAGUUUGGGUUUGAAGGGGCCUUAAAGAUCAUCCAGUUCUAAUGCUCCUGCCAUGGGCAGGGACACCUCCCAGUAGA